AUGGUUGCGACCGCAGACAGCAAGGGCUCUUACAGGGUCUCUGAGAGACCAACCCCUCAGAGAUCUUCUUGCACUAUGCUGCGAACAGAUGGAAGCCGCAUCGUCAACCCGGCGGGUGAGACUGUCGUUCUCAAGGGCGCUGCUAUUGGUGGCAUGCUCAACAUGGAGAACUUCAUCACCGGUUACUCUGGACAUGAGCAUGAGCAUCGCGCUCAAAUGGCUGAGGUUCUCGGAGAGGAGAAGGCCACAUACUUCUUUGACAGACUUCUUCACCAUUUCUUUACCGACUCAGAUGCCGCCUACUUUGCCUCUCUGGGCUUGAACUGUAUCCGAAUUCCCUUCAACUACCGACACUUUAUGGAUGACCUUAGCCCCGACACACUCAAGCAGGAGGGCUUCGAUCUGCUGGAUAAAUAUGUCAACAUCUGCGCUCGACACAACCUUUAUGUCGUUCUCGACAUGCACGCUGUUCCCGGAGGCCAGAACCAGGACUGGCACAGCGACUCUGGCAUUGCGCGAGCCAUGUUCUGGGACUUUAAGGACCACCAAGACCGUGCGAUCCAGCUGUGGGAGGCUUUGGCCAAGCACUACAAGAACAACCCCGUGGUGGCCGGUUAUAACCUUCUCAAUGAGCCUGCCGACCCUCACAAGAACAAGUCGGGAUACUUUGGUGAGAGGCUGAUCAAGUGGUACGAGCGCGCCGAGAAGAGCAUCCGAGCUAUCGACCCCGACCACAUGAUCUUUAUCGACGGCAACACUUACGCCAUGGACUUCCGAGCUUUCCCUGAGAACCCUCUUCCCAAUGCUGUGUAUGCUUGCCACGACUAUAGCAUGCUUGGUUUCCCAUUCGGACCUCAGUAUGAAGAUACCCAGGAGCAGAGAGACCACCUACGCCAAAGCUUUGAGCGAAAGGUCGAGUUUAUGAGGGCUAAGAACGUGCCUAUCUGGAACGGAGAGUUUGGUCCGGUGUAUCAGAAUGAGAAGAAGGAGGGAGAAACAGCUGUUGCGACCAACGCCAAGCGAUUCGCACUUCUGAAGGAACAACUUAACAUUUACAAGGAGACCGACGUUAGCUGGUCUAUCUGGCUUUAUAAGGAUAUCGGUUACCAAGGCAUGGUCUAUGUCGACCCUCAGUCAACAUACAUGCAACUCAUCGCUCCCUUCGUGGAGAAGAAGCAACGACUCGGUCUCGACUUCUGGGGCGUCGCAAACAAGGACGAGGCAAAGCACAUCUACGAGCCUUUCCUCUCGAAGCUCAAGGAAGGCAUCCUGCCCGCCUACCAGAACACGAGAUAUCCCAAGAUCUGGACCUUUGAGCGACACUUUGAGCGAGUCAUCCGUGAGUGCCUGAUGAGCGAGUACGCGGGCUGGGAGAUGGCGGAGCUGUUUAGGGGAAAGAGCAAGGAGGAGCUUGAGGAGCUCGCGAGCUGCUUUUCGUUUGAGAAGUGUGUUAAGAGGGAUGCUUUGACUGAGAUUCUUAGCUUGGAUUCUUUAGAUGCGGUUAAGAGCAAGGGUGCUUAG